AUGUUUUAUGCACAAUUUGUGCUUGCCAAAAAAGGUCCGCUGGCCAAAAUUUGGCUUGCAGCUCACUGGGAAAAGAAACUUACGAAAGCACAAAUCUACGAGACCGAUGUGCCACAAGCAAUUGAAGAAGUCAUACGGCCGAAGGUUUGUAGCAUGUUUAUACUGAAACUUUCCCUGAAACGCCACUUUCCAGGUCAAAAUGGCUCUCCGAACCGUCGGUCACCUUCUGUUGGGAAUUGUGCGUAUCUACUCGAAAAAGACCAGAUAUCUUCUUGCUGAUACGAAUGAGGCGUAUCUCAAGGUACCGGUUAUCACUAAUGGCUAACGACCUUCACGUUUCUUUGACAGAUGAAAGUCAAUUUCCGAGAAGGAUUCUCAUUUGAAGUGGAUAUCCCCUAUGAUGCCGAAAAUGAGGAAAACUUGGCCAAUUUGUCUGGCGAUUUCAACAUAGCCGUGCCGGAAUUCAACGAGGCUGAUUACAAUGAACAGAUGAUUUUGGUGAGUAGACCGCGCUUUCAAGUCGAGGCUUAAAUCUGAAACUUCAGGCAAAUGUGAGUCGAUUGGAAGAUAUCACAAUCAAGGAGGACUGUAAUUUCGACGCACAUUUCCGCAUGCAUGACGCUAUCGGAGACGACGGAUUUGGUGACGAAGGACAGGAUUACGAUCAACUCGAACUUUUGUACGGUUCCGUCGAACCAGAGUCUUUCAGACCAACCCCACUGGCUGAUUCUCAAUCUCAGUUGGUCGAAGGCGUUCGUGACGCCGCAGUAGAUGGAUCCGUUCUGUCGGACAGAUUGCGCAGCAACACUAUCAAUCUUUCGGAAAGAUCCAAUGCUCUUGGCGACCCUAUUUUCGGCGAUGUUCACGGCGGAGCGAUGAAUUUGAAGACUGAGCAUGCCACGUUCCAAGAGCCGAUGGACUUCGACCAGGGACCUCAAGACGUGUUUCAAUCAAUGAUCCAGCCGGAAAGAGCACAUUCUCCAGAGGAACAGAUGGACCUCGACUAUGCAGCUGACAACAAUCCAGCUCCUCCUCGUCCGCCGAGCCCUGAUUCUUUUGCUCUGGAGCCAUUGGAUUUGGAAAAUAUUGAAGGAAAUGGACGGAAGAGACGGCAACGGAAAGCACGAAAACUGAUGGUCGACGCGGAAACGAUGAUAUCGAAUGACGUCUUCCGUGAGCAACAAAACGACUAUGCGGACACUCUGCAGACAGUCUCUGUCGCCCCGCCGUCGAGGAAGAUGCUCAGGAUGUGUGUCAGUGGAGAGAUCGCACAUCUCCUGAAGAAUCCAGGAGCGGAUUUUCACAGUCGGGAGAUGGUUCAACUGUACAGAUCACAUCUGGUGCCUCGCAAGUUCGAUCCGAACUUUACAAUCCAGGAGCUGAGUGAGCACAUGAGCACCUCCGCAUCAAUGGAGUUUCUCCCCCCGGCCGAACCUUGGGAGGGCCUGGAACUCAAUGAACAGAUUCAUGACGAUCUGGCUGCAGCCCCGGGACCCGCGCACGACGAGUUCCAGGAAGAUUUCGAUUUGGGCGACUACGGUCCACAAGAUGCUCAUCGAACAUUGGACCUUGGAGACGACGUAUCCGGAGUGCAGUACGGAGAAGAUCGAAUGCAGACACCCGUCAAUCGGGGAGAGGUGAACGGCUAGCAUUUAAAGGCUUCUUACCGUUUGCGUUAGUUUCAGAACAAAGAAAACGGAGAGGAGGAAGACUGGGCGGAUCCAUUCGGCGCAUCGAAUGCAACUCGUGGCCGUCUGGAAGCCUACGGGUUCGGUAAUGGAAACACUGCGAAGAAGUACGUGGACGAUGAAGGGAAAUGGUCAAAACGAGCGAAUCAGAUUCUCAAAAAGAUUUCACCGGACAUUGAAAACGGAGGACAAGCCGAAUUCUCUGCAGUCACGGCCGGUGCGAAGAACCGGAAGCAGGCCGCCGAACAGUUUUAUUCUCUUCUUUCGCUCGCCAAAGCACAGGCGGUCCGGGUGGAGCAGAAUGAGCCCUACGGAGAGAUUUUCAUUCGCGCAGGAGACAAUUUCGCGGAGACGCUGAGCGGAUUACCGCCCAGAGAGGCCACCGAAAUUGACGAAAAUCAGACGCCGAGAGCGGCUACAAAUGCGACCGCGAGGGUGCCGAUGAGAUCCAUCUAA